UUUGAAACAAUACCGCGGUUUAUUCAACAGAGAAUGCCUGCAUGGUACAACGCAAGGAAAGAAUUCAAAGUCACUGGUUCGACAAUGCACAAUGCCCUUGGUCUCAGAUCUCUGAAAGCAAUGAAACAACAUUUCAACAGCGCGGUUCUCGGACAGGAAAGGAUUUUUACUGCGGAAGAAAGGCAGAGAAUGCAGCACGGAACUAUAAAUGAAGUUAACGCAGUAGCUACAUUAUCAGGAGUCGUUCCACCUUUCUUGUACCCUUCAAUCGUGUUUGUUGAAGAAGGCUUUUACGCUGUAAAUUAUGAAGAUGACGGUGAGGGGAGUGAAAUGCGUCCAUUUAUUCUAGUUUCACCAGAUGGCAGUGUUAGAUCAAAAGUAGAUAUACCCAGUGGUAUGAACACGUUGACAUCUCUACCAGCAAACCUAGCCGUUGAGAUCAAAUGCCCAGCCCCUGUUCAAAGUGGAAAUUACAACAGAGUGCCACUCUACUAUACCCUGCCAGAUUAUCAUGUGUGUCAAGUAUUAGCCGAGAUGUAUGUUUUGGAUGCAAUGGAACUUCUUCUUGUAUGUUAUACUGAAGAAAGUACAACUGUAUUGCUGGUGACAUUUGAUGCGACAUUGUGGGACGAGUUGGUCAUGCAUUCUACAGCUCUCUAUUGUACAGUUGAGACUAAGAAGCCCAUACACAGCCCACCAUUCACCAAAGAGUUAGCUGAUAAACUGAAAUUAUUUAUCAGCAGCAAUGUCGAGUUUCUUGGAGAGUUUCCAUCAAGACAAAAUGCCAAUGAAUUAAUUGAGCAGCUCCAAACUUCAGCCGAGUCUCCUUUUCUGUUUGCCGCGCAAUCAGAUGAACUGUCUCAGCCGAGUGCUAUUGAAGAUUCGCUGGUAAAGGCAAAGGAGUGUGUUUACGAAAUGUACUCAAUAAGUCGGAAAAAAGCAGCAGAGGUCGUUGUUUGGCUCCUUCAAAAUACUAACCGACACUACAAAAAAGAGUGUCCACACUCAAUACCAAUUGCGUAUUGCAUGAAGGGCUAUAGUCUGAGUUGCAAGAUUAUGAGAGAGAUGAUUGACGACAUUCUCAAUAGUUGUGACAAACGAAAAAUAUUGGUACCAGGAUUGGCAUCAGAUGGACAGUGGUUACCCGUAUUUAAUACAAGUGCAAAUGGCAAUCCAUUGACAAAGCUACAACUGCAGAAGUUUGUUUGGAGUAAAAGCCAAAAGAUGAAAAAAGAAGAUAUAGUUGGAGUAAUAACUGAGCUAUCUUCACAAAGUAAAAUGCAAAUAAUCGGUGGACCGAACGUGUGCUUACAAACGGUAAUCUGGAAGGAGUAGUUGAGAAGGUGAAUUGAAGAAAACUGAACCAAACAUUUGAAAAACAACACACUGGUGGAAGGUCGAGCCAAAUUCGAUCAUCUGAUGAAGUUGAACCUGUCGACAUCUUAGCCAACAUCAAUGAAUUAGAGGAGUUGGAUUAUAUCAGAAUCCUGGCGAGACUGAGCAAUAUAAAACCAUUGAAAUGGAAAGAUUACACUCCUCACCAGCUAAUAACGUUUUUGAGUGUUAACUCCGCCAUACGAAUACAAAGCAUGACAGUGAAAGAGAUAGACAUUAUACUUGAGGCAUUGAGCAGUAAGCCGACAGUUAAAGGCUGGACAAAGGCAAAGAAAGUGAACUACCUCGCCAAAACAAUAGGUGAUUCAACAGAAAUACAUGUUGUCAAGCCUAAGAGGAAACUCAAAGAUCUUAAGAGUCUGACUUAAGAGGCCUUGAUGAAAUGGCCAAAGAUACGUAUGCAUGUAUUUGUCAUUAAUUUGGCGCUACUUAAUUUGGCGAU